AUGGUUUUCUCUAGCAGGAAGUGCGGCCAUGUCGGCAGGCCUGAGGAAGUUUUAUCAACAUUCAAGAUAUUCCUUGUCAUCGUUUGUCUUCAUGUCGUUCUGGUUACAUCCCUGGAAGAAAAUGCUGAUAAUUCCAGUUUAUCGCCAUCUGCUGAACCAUCUCUUGUUGGUUUUGUCCCCUACUCCAAUGGUACUCCAGAGGUUGAAACAACAAGCCUCAAUGAUGCUACUGUAAGCGUAUUAACUACUUUAAAUAAAACAGAAAAAACUAAAAUCACUAUAGUAAAAACCUUCAAUGCAUCAGGAGUCAAACCCCAGAGAAAUACCUGCAAUUUGUCAUCUAUUUGCAAUGACUCAGCAUUUUUUAGAGGUGAGAUAAUGUUUCAACAUGAUGAAGGAAGCAGCGUUACUCAGAAUCAAGAUAUAACUAACAACACCUUAACCAGAGUCCUGUCUCUAAGUGAAUUGAAACGAUCAGAGCUCAACAAAACCUUGCAGACUCUAAGUGAGACUUAUUUUAUCGUGUGUGCUACAGCAGAGGCUCAAAGCACAUUAAAUUGUACAUUCACAAUAAAACUGAAUAAGACAAUGAAUGUAUGUGCUGUAAUAGCUGCUUUGAAAAGAGUCAAGAUUCAACCAAUGGAACACUGCUGCUGUUCUGUUGGGACACCCUGCCCUUCCUCCCCAGAAGAGUUGGAAAAGCUGCAGUGUGACCUGCAGGAUCCUGUUGUCUGUCGUGUUGAUCAUCCACAUGGCCCACCAUUUUCUUCUUCCCAUAAUUCUAUCCCAGUUGCACCUCUGGCCACUAUUCUUUCCCUGGUCUCCAGUACCUUCUCUUUUGCUGAGCCCCUAGAUCAUCCACCUGUGACCCAGAAUGUUCCUUCUCUGACAGAAGAGAUUCACCCUCCUUCUCCCCAGCCUUCGAUUCCCAUAGCUUCCAGCCCUGCCACUGAUGUCCUUCUCCAAUCUGGAACUAUCUCUUCCCCUAUGCCCCAACCCCAUCUUUAUCACACUUUGCCACCUGAGAAAGCCUCACUUUCCUCUCCCACCACAUCUGUCCCCGCGAGUGUCAUCACCACCAGCACAGCUCCUGACAAGACAGAAACCGUCAACAGCAGUGGUAUUUCCGAUCUCGAAAACCAAGUGUCCCAGAUGGAGAAGGCUCUGUCCUUAGGCAGCUUGGAGCCUAACCUUGCGGGAGAAAUGAUAAACCAAGUCAGCAAACUCCUUCGUUCCCCGCCUGCCAUGCUGGCUCCUCUGGCUCAGAGGUUGCUGAAAGUAGUGGAUGACAUUGGCUUACAGCUGAAUUUUUCAAACAAGACUAUAAGUCUAACCUCCCCUUCUUUGGCUCUGGCUGUGAUCAGAGUGAAUGCUAGUAAUUUCAACACAACUACCUUUGCGGCUCAAGACCCUGAAAAUCUGCAGGUUUCUCUAGAAACUCAAGCUCCUGAGAAUAGUAUUGGCAUUAUCACUCUUCCUUCAUCACUGAUGAGUAAUUUACCAGCUAAUGAUGUGGAGCUGGCUUCCAGGGUUCAGUUCAACUUUUUUGAAACACCUGCCCUGUUUCAGGACCCUUCCCUGGAGAACCUCUCUCUGAUCAGUUACGUCAUAUCAUCAAGUGUUGCGAACCUGACCGUCAGGAAAUUGACAAGAAACGUGACAGUCUCAUUAAAGCACAUCAACUCGAGCCAGGAUGACUUAACAGUGAGAUGUGUAUUUUGGGACUUGGGCAGAAAUGGUGGUAGAGGAGGCUGGUCAUCCGAUGGCUGCUCCGUCAAAGACAGGAGGCUGAAUGAGACCAUCUGUACCUGCAGCCACCUUACAAGCUUUGGCGUUCUAUUGGACCUAUCUCGGACAUCCUUACUGCCUGCACAAAUGAUGGCUCUGACAUUUAUCACUUAUAUUGGUUGUGGGCUUUCAUCAAUUUUUCUGUCAGUUACUCUUGUAACCUACAUAGCCUUUGAAAAGAUCCGGAGGGAUUACCCUUCCAAAAUCCUUAUCCAGUUGUGUGCUGCUCUGCUCCUGCUAAACUUAGUCUUCCUACUGGACUCAUGGAUUGCUCUGUAUAAGACGCGAGGCCUCUGCAUCUCAGUGGCUGUAUUUCUUCAUUAUUUUCUCUUGGUCUCAUUCACAUGGAUGGGCCUGGAAGCGUUCCAUAUGUACCUGGCCCUUGUCAAAGUGUUUAAUACUUACAUCCGAAAAUACAUCCUUAAAUUUUGCAUUGUUGGUUGGGGGGUACCAGCUGUGAUUGUGACCAUCGUCCUGACUAUAUCCCCAGAUAACUAUGGGCUUGGAUCCUAUGGAAAAUUUCCCAAUGGGUCACCAGAUGACUUUUGCUGGAUCAACAGCAAUGCAGUGUUCUAUAUUACGGUUGUGGGAUAUUUCUGUGUGAUAUUUUUGCUGAACGUCAGCAUGUUCAUUGUGGUCCUGAUUCAGCUCUGUCGAAUUAAAAAGAAGAAGCAACUGGGAGCCCAGCGUAAAACUAGUAUUCAAGACCUCAGGAGUAUUGCUGGCCUUACAUUUUUACUGGGAAUAACAUGGGGCUUUGCCUUCUUUGCCUGGGGACCAGUUAAUGUCACCUUCAUGUAUCUCUUUGCCAUCUUUAAUACCUUACAAGGGUUUUUCAUAUUCAUCUUUUACUGUGUAGCAAAAGAAAAUGUCAGGAAGCAAUGGAGGCGGUAUCUUUGUUGUGGAAAGUUACGGCUGGCUGAAAAUUCUGGAAAUGCUUCUACAGAGAGGAAUGGGGUUUCUUUCAGUGUUCAGAAUGGAGACGUGUGCCUUCAUGAUUUCACUGGAAAACAGCACACGUUCAAUGAGAAAGAAGAUUCCUGCAAUGGGAAAAGUCGUAUGGCUCUCAGAAGGACUUCAAAGCGGGGAAGCUUGCACUUUAUUGAGCAAAUGUGAUUCCUUUUUUCUAAAAUCAAAGCAUGAUGUUUGACCGUGUGAAAUGUCCAAUUUUACCUUUUACACAAUGUGAGAUGUAUGAAAAUCAUCUUAUUUUACACUCAGCAACCUCUGGAGAAGCAUAAGCUAAUUGAGGCAAUCAUUACUAUUGGAAGAGGAAACCAAGACAUUAUACCACGGUUUUUAGACAUUUGCAGUGUUUUCUUAUCCUUCAUUUUAAAAGAAGAUUGAUUUUAAACAACACUCUAAGACUCCUGUUUUGUUUUUUUUUUAAGUAUCUAAUUUUUAGCCACAUUUUAAAGAGGCUAAGUUAUCUUUGAGAACAUCAUAUGAAGCAACUGUUGACUUCAGCCUGUUGGUGAGUUUAGUCGUGCAUGCCUUUGUUGUAUAUAAGCUCAGAUCUAGUGACCUACAUGUCAAAAAUCUUACUUCUACAUUUUUUGUAUUUAUUUUCUACUGUGUAAAUUUAUUUCUUUGUAGAAUCAUGGUUGUGUUUUGUUUAACAUGAUAAUUCAGAAAGUCCUUGCUGGUUCAGUGAAUUCUAAAGCUUCUUUUGGAGAUUAUAUGGGAUGUGAAAUACAGAAACUUCACUGAAA